AUGCAGUCCAAGCGGGAGUACGAGGUGGGUGUCUGCCAGCGAGGGGCGAGGGCGAGCACCCCCUGUGCGGGGAGCGGGGCCCCCGGAGCACCGGGCGAGGUGGGGGCGGGCGCGGCCAUCCGCCAUUCCGACCCGGCCUUUCCCCGCCAGCUGUGGUGUGAGAGGGUGAACCCGGAGAACAAGGCGGCGCUGGAGGCCUGGGUCAGGGAGACGGGUGUCCGCCUGGUGCAAGUGAACGGGCAGAGGAAGUACGGCGGGCCGCCCCCAGGCUGGGUGGGCAGCCCGCCGCCGCCGGGCUCGGAGGUGUUCAUCGGCCGGCUGCCCCAGGACGUGUACGAGCACCAGCUGAUCCCGCUGUUCCAGCGCGCCGGCCGCCUCUACGAGUUCCGCCUGAUGAUGACCUUCAGCGGCCUGAACCGCGGCUUCGCCUACGCCCGCUACUGCUCGCGGCGCGGCGCCCAGGCCGCCAUCGCCGCGCUGCACAACCACCCGCUGCGGCCCGCCUGCCCGCUGCUCGUGUGCCUCAGCACCGAGAAGUGCGAGCUGAGCGUGGACGGGCUGCCGCGCGCCCUGACCCGCCGCGCGCUGCUGCUGGCGCUGCAGCCGCUGGGGCCGGGCCUCCAGGAGGCGCUGCUGCUGCCCAGCCCCGGCCUGGCGCUCACGCAGAUGGCGCUGCUCAAGUUCAGCUCGCACCGCGCGGCGGCCAUGGCCAAGAAGGCGCUGAUGGAAGGGCAGUCCCGCCUCUGUGGAGAGCAGGUGACUGUGGAGUGGCUCAAGCCAGACGUGAAGCAGCGACUUCGCCAGCAGCUUGCCGGGCCCUCGCUGAAGUGCUUACAGCCAGAAGGCAGCGGGUUGGCCCUCGCUAGGGACAAGCUAGCGUCCCAAGGGGCUCGAACUGCCUUGCAGCUGCUGUGCCAACGGAUGAAGCUGGGUAGCCCAGUGUUCCUCACCAAGUGCCUGGGCACGGGCCCUGCUGGCUGGCACCACUUCUGGUACCAGGUGGUGAUCCCUGGGCAUCCAGUGCCCUUCAGUGGCUUCAUCUGGGUUGUGCUCAACAUGGGAGGGCAGGAUGGGCACGAGGUGGCCAAGGAUGCCGUGUCUGCACGGCUGCUGGAGACGCUGAGUGAGUCUGGGGCCAGCCUCUUCUCCUCGGCGGGGGCAGUGAGCGAGCCUGGGGCCAGCGUCCUGUGGCCUGCUGGAGCUGAGGCGGGUACCAUGGUGAAGCAGUAACCCCAUCCUCUACAGGCUGCCUGAACAAGUAGGCAGAGCCUGUGUCAGUCCCCAACCCAGCAGGUCUGGGCAGCCACCAUCUGAUCCCCCAAAACGGGAGGAGCAUGGGCCCUGCCCUAGUCCUGACACAGCCUCCCAGCUGGGGCACAGCCCCAGCGCGCUCGCUCGGAGACAACUCAGAUCUGGCUAAGUUGUAGUGAGGGACCUUGCCCUCUCCCCCACAGCCCAGAGGCCUUUCUCUGUGUGACACACACACACACUGUCUCCUCCCACAGCUUAGUAUGACUCUCUUUUUCUUGAUUUGUCUUUGAUUUUAUUUGGGGGAUGGCUGAGCCAAAGGGUCAGAAACCUGCCUUUUGUCCCCACCACUUGGCAUUUUGGUUCUGGUGUAUGUGUACUGUUGGUUUGUUUUUCUAUGCUGGUUGUAUUUAUAUUAAAGCCCUGGUUGGUAUA